AUGCCGUGCGGCUUCUUGGGCUUCGUCCUCCUCUUUCCUCGGCCCACAUGUCGCCCUGACGAGUUCCAGUGCAACGACGGUGCGUGUGUUCAUGGGAGCCGUCAGUGCAACAAAGUGUUUGACUGCAGAGACCAGAGCGACGAGGCUGGCUGUGAAACAGAAAAUGAAUGCGAGGGGCCCACAAAGUUUAAAUGUAAAACUGGGGGGUGCAUCGGUGCAGAGAAGGUGUGUGACGCAAGGAACGACUGCAAAGAUGGCUCCGAUGAACCAGCGGAGUGUAGCUACGAAAUCGACCCUGCAACGAGCACAUGCAAAGCCGUAUCAGGAUCUGGCCCCACACUCUACUUCACCAGUCGACACGAGCUGAGACUGAUGACAGUGGACCGCAAAGAAUACAUCCGCCUGAUCCCACAGCUCAAGAAUGCAGUCGCUCUGGAUGUGCACAUACCCUCAAAUACCAUCUUUUGGUCAGACCUCUCCCUCAAGACAAUUUUCAGCACCCGCAUAGAUACUGCCAGUGACGCUUCAACUCACACUGAAGUGAUUGGCAGUGAUAUUGAAGCCCCAGAAGGAAUUGCAGUAGACUGGAUUCACGGCAACAUUUACUGGACAGACAGUGAAUUGAAAACCAUCUCUGUGGCAACCACUGAUGGAAGCAAGAGGAAAACCCUGAUCUCCGACCAUUUGGAGAAGCCCAGAGCCAUUACAGUGGACCCAGUCAAUAACUUCAUGUAUUGGACUGACUGGGGGGAAGAGGCUAAGAUUGAGAAGAGUGGGUUGAAUGGAGGAGACCGCUUGGCCAUAGUGACGGACAACAUUAUGUGGCCCAACGGCAUCACUCUUGACAUGGUUAACCAGCGUUUGUACUGGGUCGACUCCAAGCUGCACACUCUCUCCAGUGUCGAUGUCAGCGGAGGGUCACGGCACAUGCUCAUUUUUGACGAGAAGCACCUUUUACAUCCCAUGUCUCUGGCAGUUUUUGAGGAGAAGGUAUUCUGGACGGACAUUGGAAAUAGUGCGGUGUACAGUGCUAAUCGCUUGACCGGAGGAGACAUCACAGAGCUGGCAAGGGACCUGAAUCAUCCUGAAGACAUUGUCGUUUUUCACACACUCAAGCAAACUAAUGGUUCAAACUGGUGCCAAACGAGUGAGCUACUGAAUGGAGGCUGCGAGUUCCUGUGCCUCCCUGCUCCUCGGAUCAACAGCCGCUCCCCCCAGUACACCUGCGCCUGUCCGGAUCACUCCGCCAUGGCCGCUGAUAACAGGAAGUGUGUCGCAGUUCAACCUCCUGUGACCAGUCCUGCACCAAUCCCUAAUGUUCCCACCACUCAAGCACCAACGCAGCCUUAUACUACUACUACUACUACAACUACUACUACCACUGCUGCAACUCCCAAUGCUUCAACAAUACUUGAACCAGCUCAAGUGAAUCACAAAUUGUCUGGAUUGCCCACUGAAGACGAGCCUUCCCAUCCAGUCGGCGCAUAUAUAGCUGUGCCCCUAUUGGUAAUGUCGCUGCUGAUCUUUGGGGCAGUGCUGCUAUGGAGAAACUGGCGUCUGAAAAACACAAACACUAUCCAUUUUGUCAACCCAGUGUACCAGAAAACCACAGAAGACGAGAUGCACAUUUGUCAAAACUCCACCCAGGGCUUCAUCUAUCCAGAGAGGACAAUGCUAAGUAUGGACGACUUGGACAUUGCGUGA